AUGGUUGUUAUAGCUAAAAGUCCUAGGAUUGAGUAUAGAAAAGAGGGUAUUUUCUUCAUCAUACAAUUUACUGAUCAAAAGAAGUUGAAUGCCCUAGAUGGUAAUGAUUAUUUAUACUUAGCCCAUUUGUUAGUAGAAAACGAUAAGGAUCCUGAGACUGCAUUUACAGUUUUACAGAGUUCCGGACGGUUCUUCAGCGCAGGUGCUGAUUUCUCUUCCAUAAGAAAAGAGAAUACACACAAUUCUGAUGGUACUCUACCUAAGUGGGCUUCUGCUUUCCUAAGUAGAAAUACUUAUGUCACAAAUGCUUUCAUUGUGCAUUCCAAACCUAUCAUCUGUUGUCUAAAUGGACCUGCAGUAGGGCUAAGUGCCGCAAUCGUGAUGAUAUGUGACAUUGUAUACUGUAUGAACGAUAAAGUUUAUUUACAAUUCCCAUUUGCUAAGAUUGGACUUGUCACUGAGGGUUCAACCUCUAUAACUUUACCCUUAAAAAUUGGGUACGCAAGAGCUCAAAACACGCUAUUCUUCAAUAAGCCUUUGACGUACGAUAUUUUGGAGGAUUCGGUUUCACUGAGAAAUUAUCAACUAGAUGAUUGGAAACAGUUUAAUGAACAGGCGCUAUCAGAUUUGAAGAAAGAUGUGAAAGGCUUAAAUCUGACAAGCAUAAUUGUUAUGAAGAAAUUGAUUAAGGAAACUUGGAUGCAGCAUUUGCUCCGGGCAAAUGCCUCUGAAGUAACUGAUGCUAUGCCUUUCUGGAUUGAUGGUAUCCCUCAAAGUAACUUUCUGAAGAUGUUGAAAAGGGCAGAAGCUAAUAGAUCCAAAUCAAGAUUAUGA